GAGGAUUUGGAGAAUGGUAAAGAACACUGAUCAUCUCUGGAAAACUUAUUGAUCCACCUCAUGUAAAGUAUGCUCAGUUCCUUUCCAGUGGUGUAAUUUGCUGGAAACCAUGUCUCACUAUACAGAUGAACCCAGAUUCACCAUAGAACAGAUAGAUCUGCUUCAGCGCCUUCGGCGUACUGGAAUGACUAAACAUGCAAUUCUCCAUGCCUUGGAGACUUUGGACCGUCUUGAUCAAGAGCAUAGUGACAAGUUUGGAAGAAGGUCCAGUUAUGGAGGAAGUUCAUAUGGGAACAGUACCAACAAUGUUCCAGCAUCUUCCUCUACAGCUACAGCCUCUACACAGACCCAGCAUUCGGGAAUGUCCCCAUCACCUAGCAACAGUUAUGAUACCUCCCCACAGCCUUGCACUACCAAUCAAAAUGGGAGGGAGAAUAAUGAGCGAUUGUCUACAUCCAAUGGGAAGAUGUCACCAACUCGCUAUCAUGCAAACAGCAUGGGUCAGAGGUCAUAUAGUUUUGAAGCCUCAGAAGAGGACCUAGAUGUAGAUGAUAAAGUGGAAGAAUUAAUGAGGUAG